UGAGAGUUGAUCGCACACGAAAAAAAGAAGAGAGAAUAAAGUGCUGCGGGCCAACAAAAUAUAACCACUUGUGCACUUGACCACAUGCAUUUUCAGGCACCAUUAACUCCGUUCUCAAAAGCGUUAUCUAAGGACUGUGCUGUUCGAAACAUUAUUAUCACAUUUUGAACGGUUAAAUGAUCUUUUAUGGAAAGCUUAAACAAACGCAAUGUGCAACAAGUUCUGAUAGCUCUUGGAAGUUUGUUCCAAAGCUUUGAGCAGUGUAUUAAGAAGAAACGCUCCCUAAUUCGCGUAUUGAACUUUGGAAUCAUGACCGUUGUCUCCUUAUUUCGUAGCUCGUAUCUAGUGUUAACGGACAUAUGGACACUGUGCAUGUGAUGGUGAAUUAUUCUGUACAGGAAACACAAGUUCAUCUUCAUUAUCCGUAGCCAAAGUCAUCUUGGAGGAAUAUCCGCACAGCUUCUUUGUAAAGCGUCGCUGUACCCUCUCAAGAGCAUGCUGGUCAGAUUUCCGCAGAUUCGACUGUAGUAGUGAGCAGUAUUCCAUGCCAGUACUCAAAGUUUGUCGCGUACCUCACCCGGGUCGCAAGUCACUACAACUUGAUGUUUCCAGCAUGAGGACAAGCGAUUUUAUCGAGGCGAAAAUACAGCAACGGCCUGUUUUGCUAAUAGCGAAGGAUGGAUGUCCAAAUAGCAAAACCAUUGAGGGUAUUCUAAAUGGCUACCAGUUAAAUGCCAAAAGGAUGGAUACUUAUGAGGUCCUCUAUAUCGAAUCACGGAAGGACUGCAGCGCAAUAGAAACAUAUCUUUGGCACAAGCUUUUAUACAAGCAGAGACAAGUACGACCCGGUGUUGUUACAUAUCCUCCCAACCAGUUGGUUCCGCAUUUGUUCGUAGACGGAGUGCACAUCGGCGGCUUUAAAGAAAUCUUACUACUGUAUCAAAGUGGCAAGUUGGAAGAAAUGUUGAGGAAAGCGGGAAAAAAGUGCAUCCAACUUUUGUAGUCAACAACAAUACAGAAGAACUCUGUUACUUGUUCGAGUUUGAAUGGUUCCAACGGUGUCUCAACGACUUUCGCCAUAGUUUGGCGAGUUUGGAUUAUUGUGUGAAUUUGCUGUGUAUUUUAUUGAGUAAAAUGACGAGUCUCGGGAGAAAAUAAAAGUCGAUAAAUGGAUGGCAAAAUAACCCCGACAGUCAUCAUCGAUCUUGUCUAAUAUCCCAAUGUAAGCCGGUUAAAUUUAAAGGAAAAAUAGUAUGCUGUUCUUGAUUA